CUUUCUAAUGUUUGAGAGAGAAAGAGCGAAGGGUUUCGGAAACUGCAAAAGAACCUCUUUAAGAUAAAUCUCCUCUCGGCUGCGGAUUUUUGAAAAAAGCCUUUCGACUUCCUCUACUACUUGUACUGAAUGUUUGAUAUAGAUAUAUAAGCAGCAAGAUACUCACUGUGUGUGUUUGUGCGUGUUUCUUGGUUUGAGGCAUCUCUAUCUUUAGAUUAUCUACGUAUACGAAAAAGUAAAGGUAGUGAUUGAAGAGAGAAUAAGGCAAAGCGUUGGCUUUGCAAGAUAGGCAUUGUGAUAGAUCUGUUUAAGGCAAGGAUGAGCACAAGCAGAGGAAGCGGCGCCGGCAAUGGCGGCGGAGUACAAGCCAUUCCAGCGGGGUCCCGGAAGAUGGUGCAGAGUUUGAAGGAGAUAGUGAACUGUUCCGAGGCGGAGAUCUAUGCUACUCUCAAGGACUGUAAUAUGGACCCUAACGAGGCCGUAAAUCGUCUUCUCUCUCAAGAUCCUUUCCAUGAGGUGAAGAGUAAACGAGAAAAGAAAAAGGAGGGUAAAGAUACCACUGAGACUAGGUCUCGUAGUGCUAAUAAUAAUUCAAGUCGAGGCGGCAAGAUUGGUGCUGAUCGAUAUCAUGGUCGUGGUGGCUCAACACCAUAUUCUUCCGAGUCUGCUUCUUUGCCUGGAAGGUCGUCAUAUAAGAAAGAAAAUGGAUCUACUCCUAAUGCAAGUUAUUUAUCUUCAGGAAAUAAUAGAAGCAGAGGACCUGCAGGCCCCAGUGAUGGUGCCUCUUCUGAAAACAAAGUGUCGUCGCUGAGCAUGGCUGAUGCUAUGCCAUCUGGUGUACAGCCAACUUCUGGAUAUCAAUCUGCUUGGGUGAGUGUUCCUGGUCAAGUGUCCAUGGCUGACAUUGUGAAGAUGGGAAGACCUCAAAAUAAAGUAGCGAGUGCUCCAAAUGCAUCUCAUCACAACAUUCAGGGUUCUUCAGCAAGUGCAUCUCAUCAUAAUUUAAGAUUUCCUGAAGAUCAUGUACCCAAAGAUCCUGAGUUGGGAAUUGCCCCGGUCCAGCAUGUAUCAACUAAUGAGGAGUGGCCUUCCAUAGAGAAGCCACCUGUUGCAAAGGUGAAUCCUAUCCCAGAGCAUAAAGUGGACUCUGACCAGCAUCUUGAGUCAUCUGGUGUGCUUUCUGACAGCAUUAAUCAGGCAGAAGAGGUUCAAGAAACAAAAAAUGAUAACAUGGAAAACUCUGGAGCAAAUGAUAUGGGAUCUAAAUCUAUAUCCACUAGAGAGAUCCCAGAAGAUGAUUCAGGAGGUGCAUCUUUGUUCGAGAAUGAUUUGUAUAAUAACAUGGGUUCAUACUCGCAGCAGGCUCAUGAUUUCCAUGAAGAUGUUGCAGUUGAAGAAAUUGGCGCUUCAGUGUCAUCAGUCACCAGAAACUUGCAGCAACUAAGUGUACAAAAGGAUGACGGGAGAUUCCCAUCUGAGGAAUAUGCGCCUUCCGUGGUGAUUCCAGAUCAUUUGCAAGUUCAGAGUGCAGAUUGCUCACACUUGAGCUUUGGUAGUUUUGGAUCUGGCAUGAGUGCUGCAUAUUCUUCUGGGAAUAUGACAUCUGUGCCUGUAAAAACUAAUGAAGAGCCACAUAGUGAACCUGAUAUUUCAUCUGUUGGGCAUCCGGACGCUAGAAGUUCUGAGUAUUAUGUUGAUGAUUCUCUUAGAAAUGCUCCUGAUGGUGGUUUGUUCCAUAGAACUGGUGCAAAUGCUGGGAGCUAUGAUCCAUCUUCUGCUUCACAGCCAGAAGAGUUGAAGCCUGAGAAUGCUGAAGUAGCUCAUGGAAACCAAUAUCCUUUUCCUUCUUCCAACUCUGGCUACGCGUUUGAUAAUGGGCAACACUUAAAUGCCUCUUUCAGUCAAACAAGUUCACAGAUGCAGAAUCUUGCUCCUUUUCCCAAUUCUAUGCAGUCAUACACAAAUUCGCUACCGAGUGCAUUGUCGCCUGCUAAUGUUCACCCCAGUAGAGAAUCUGAUCUUCAGUACUCUCCAUUUCCCGUGACGCAAUCAACAUCAAGUAAAUAUGGGAAUUCUGUAUCUUCCAUUAGUGGUUCAGCAAUUUCUAUGCCUGAGGCUUUGAAGACUGCUGGCUUCCCAUCAACACAGCCUGCUCAACAGACCCUUUCUGGAACUAAUGUUGCCACUGGACCUCCUCUUCCUCAACACCUAGCUGUACAUCCAUAUUCUCAGCCUACUCUUCCUUUGGGACCAUUUACAAACAUGAUUGGCUACCCUUUCUUGCCUCAGAGCUACACAUACAUGCCCUCCGCUUUUCAACAAACAUUCUCGGGUAACAGUACGUACCAUCAAUCUCUAGCAGCGCUACUUCCUCAGUAUAAAAACAAUGUUUCUGCCAGUAGUUUGCCACAGUCUGCUGCUAUUGCUUCUGGAUAUGGUGCCUUUGGAAAUACCCCGACAAUUCCUGGAAAUUUCCCAAUGAAUCCACCUGCUGGGCCGUCUGGGACAACUCUAAGUUAUGAUGAUGUUUUGAAUUCUCAGUACAAGGAUAGUAGUCACUUAGUUUCACUUCAGCAGAAUGAGAACCCAGCCUUGUGGCUUCAUGGAGCUAAUUCUAGAACAAUGUCAGCUGUUCCAGCCAGCACAUAUUACAAUUAUCAGGGACAAAAUCAGCAAACAGGUGGUGGUAUGAGACAAGCUCAGCAGCCGUCACAGAAUUAUGGGUCCCUAGGUUACCCAAAUUUUUACCAUUCUCAAACUGGCAUAGCGCUUGAUCAGCAGCAGAACCCAAGAGAUGCACCACUCGGUGGCUCACAAGGACAGCCUAAGCAAUCCCAAAUUUGGCAGAACAGCUACUAAUCUUUUUCACCUCCUGGUUUUUCAGGGGCAUGUAAUGAGUGUGAAAAAAGUGGCCUUUCGAGCCAUACCAGCUGUUGAAUGUGAUUUGAUUUUAUGAUUCUGGCAAAUGGAUUUGACUGGCCACUGCCCUGUGCCUUGAGGUUGUAUUUUUACACUUAUUUAUCAUCAGUUGAUGUAAGGUAGGAACACCGGGUGCUAAUCUUGUGUUAGUGGAGACGUAUCUUUUUCUUUCCCACUUGCACUUUUUUAAAUUUAGUUCCACGCCCCUUGAAGAA